AUGGCACCGGCCGAGUCAAUCAUGCGCAACGUGUUCCAACCGUACGCCUUCCCAGAUACACGGCAAUUGGUUCAGAUUCAUCGAAGAACGAGUAUACAAGCAAAUACGACAGCCCUGGAAGAUCGAGCAACAGACGUGACGCUCGUCAUCCCGGCUGGAACUGUAGUGGGGUCGUCCAUCGGCAGUAUCGAAAACUUCGGUGGUAUCCCGUUUGCUGAACCAGCGACCGGGCCUCUCCGCUUGAAGCCCCCUGUCCGACUCAACUCGUCCUUUGGGACUGUCGACGCGAGAGGGUUCGGCCCAGCAUGCCCUCAGAUGUUCUUCUCUACCGAUGAGAGCAGCUUGUUGACUUCGGUUCUUGGCAACUUGCUCAAUACGGGACUGUUCCAGACUGUCACGGAUCAGACUGAGGAUUGCUUGACGAUGAGGGUGCAGCGCCCGGCUGGCACGGCCGCCGACGCAAAGCUGCCCGUCCUGUUUUGGAUCUUCGGUGGAGGGUUUGAGCUUGGCAGCCCGCAAAUGUACGACGGGUCUGGUCUCGUUGCUCAGGGGGUCAAAAUCGGAAAGCCAUUCAUCUUCGUUUCUGUCAACUAUCGAGUUGGUGGCUUCGGCUUCAUGCCUGGUGCCGAGAUUCUGGCUGACGGCUCGGCCAACUUGGGGCUCCUUGACCAGCGCAUGGGUCUUGAGUGGACUGCCGACAACAUCGCAGCUUUUGGGGGCGAUCCAGACAAGGUCACCAUCUGGGGUGAAAGCGCUGGGGCCAUCAGUGUGUUUGAUCAGAUGGCACUAUACAAUGGCGAUAAUACGUACAACGGUAGCCCUUUGUUCCGCGCUGCCAUCAUGAAUAGUGGGAGCCUUGCACCAGCUGAUCCAGUGGACUGUCCCAAGGGGCAAAUCAUCUACGACACAGUGGUUGCUGAAGCGGGCUGUUCCUCGGCCACGGACACUCUCGAGUGCCUGCGCAGUGCCGACUAUGACACGUUUUUGAAUGCAGCCAACAGCGUGCCUGGCAUCCUCAGCUACUCUUCAGUCGCUUUGUCGUACGUGCCGCGGCCCGAUGGCACUGCUCUCACGCAGAGUCCGGAUGUGCUUGCUUCGAACGGCCAGUACGCCGCGGUGCCUAUGAUUAUUGGUAACCAGGAAGACGAGGGGACACUUUUUGCUUUGUUCCAACCCAAUAUCACCACGGGAGCUUUGAUCGUCAGCUACUUGAGCGAAUUUUUCUUCCACGGCGCCACCAAUGACCAGCUGGAGACGUUAGUGGCUACAUACGAUGAAUCGAUCACAGCAGGUAGUCCCUUCAGAACCAGUAUCUUCAACAACAUCUAUCCCCAGUUCAAGCGCCUCGCUGCUAUCCUGGGCGAUCUUGUCUUCACGCUAACCCGCCGCGCGUUCUUGAAUGUGUGCACUUCAGUCAACCCCGAUGUCCCCGCAUGGUCGUACUUGUCUAGCUACGACUAUGGAACGCCGAUUCUGGGAACUUUCCACGGUUCGGAUCUGCUGCAAGUGUUCUAUGGACUCUUGCCCAACUACGCCAGUGCGGCUACGCAGACUUACUAUAUCAAUUUCCUGUACGAUCUGGAUCCGAAUGACGACGCGGACUCAUACCCCAACUGGCCGCAGUGGACCGAGAGCAAGCAGCUGAUGCAGUUCAACGCCGGGAGCAGCAGCUUGUUGUCGGAUGACUUCAGGGCGGACAGCUAUGACUGGAUCGUGUCCAAUAUUGCGUCUCUAUAUUUGUGA